AUGUCUAAUCGGAUCCUCUGUGCCCAAUCCGUGAAGUGUGCCGAUGAAGCGAAUGUCCAAAACCUCGGUGAGCUCACCAAUGGGUCUAUAAAGCGCACAGCUCACAUGUUAUACUUUUGCGCUAUGUACUCGCACGGGCACAUGCAGGUCGUGCAUUGGCAGAUCUGUGUACAACUCCGCUCUCACUUGGUGAUACACUGUACCCCUCUAGGUGGCUGGGAUAGCUCAGAUCUGCAUGUGCCGUCUCCCGCAGUAGAAGAUGCUGACCGUCAAGAUCGGUUGUUAUGGCUGGGAUAUAUGGUAGGACAGGUACAGAAACAGGAACAGAAACGUUGGGAGAAAUCGCAGGCUAUAGAGAGACCCGAGCCGAAACGUCUUCAAACUCUGACCAGACUGACCUCUUCCUCUGCAACGACACCUGCUAGGAGGCUGGAGAAGACGCUGAUGAGCCAGCAUCAUCAGAAAGCUCUCAAGGAGACGAUCGCCAUCUCCUUGGUGAAGGAGCUUAGGAUAGUCAAGAAUGUCCAUCCUCCUAUUCUACCUGCUAUGCUCCUUAAUAAUGACUCUAAUGCUACUCCGUACUCCAUUCCAUGA